AUGCCGUUUUCGUGCUAUCAGUGCCGGUACCGCAAACUAAAGUGCGAUCGGUCGAGCCCUGGAUGCAGCCGCUGUUCCGCCACCGGCACAAAAUGCCAAUAUCCCUCUUCGCGCAAGAAGCCUGUGAUAACAGCGACACGACCACGGGUCAAAGAACUCGAGUCGCGAUUGGUCGAUCUCGAAUAUCGGCUCAAGGCGACGCAGGAGGAGGGAUAUCAAUCGUUCAGACCCUUUGAACCGUCGGAGAAUCAACUUACUGAGACGGGGAGAUAUGAACAGCUUCCUCCACAAGAAAUUAUUGAGGAGUUGACGAAUGUCUUUUUUACAGAGGUCCAUUGCGAUGCGCAGUAUAUUCACCCUUCGCGAUAUCUUGCAUCGCUGUAUCUUCCACCUCAUAUGCAACCACCCAUGUGUCUUCAGUACAUAAUCAUGGCGCGAGCUGCACUUGUUUCACCGCCUCAUAAACAUCUUGCAGAUCCUUUUUACCGAAGAGCGAGAUACUAUCUUGAAGCUGAUGAGCAAAAGGGCGAGGGAGAAUAUUUCGUCACUCUGGCUCACACACAAUGUUGCGUCCUCAUGUCCCAUUUCGAGGUGCAAAAUAUGUGGUUCUCCAGAUCAUCGAUGAGUACAUCAAAGUCUGUGCGUCUGUCACAGAUUCUGGGCCUCCAUCAGCUCGAUGGUAAGAAUGACUGGAGACGAAAUGCAACGCUACCGGAACCCAAGGACUGGUGUGAGCUUGAGGAGAGGCGAAGAACACUAUGGGCUGUAUUUUGCUCUGAUAAGCAUACGAGCGGUACUACUGGUUGGCCAAGUCUGAUGGACGUCAACAAGAUCAGCACAUUAUUGCCAGCCUCGGACGAAGCCUUUCAACUUGGCAUGGAGGAACCUUCAACGUCACUGCCUCAAGUUCUGGGCGGUGACAACUCUCUCUGCUCCUCAUUCGGAUAUCGCAUCAUGACGACUCAUCUCUUCCAUGAGUGUCUCGACCAUACUUACCAAGAUCAUCAAGCCUCCGACCUAACAGAUAUAAGUAACAGUCAGUUCUGGAAGUGUCAUCGCGAUCUCGACACAAGUCUCUCCACAGCCUUCAUCACGCUCCCCGAAACGCUGCGCGGGUCACAUACCCAAGAAGCCACCAAUAUAAACCUCCAACUUCACACCGCGUCGAUAUGUAUCCAUCGCGUCGGUGCCGUCCAGGCCAAGAAGCACAACAUCUCGGCUGAUGUACUUUCCAAUACCCAGGCGCGACUCGUCCCCUCUGCUGACGCGAUAUUUAACAUCAUCGCGUCACAGCCCGACGUGACAGCCAUGUUCGGCAAACCCCUCGUUACAUUUGCAGCAUACAUGGCGACAUAUGUGUUUCUCGAAGAUUAUGUGUCGGCGCAGAAUCGCACCAGCGAGAUGAAGAUGACAGCGCUUAUGGAUCUCAUGAUCACGAUUGGACGUGAGAACCCUGUUACUGCAUCUGCAGCCAUACAAAUGGCGCAUGAAUUGCGGAAGACUGGGAUUGAUGCAUCUGCUGUUGACAAGGUCCAGGAUCUUAUGGAUGAGAGAAUCGCAAAAGGGCCGCUUUUAGGACAGCAGAAUACGGAUGAGGGCAGUGUCUUGUUCUGUCCAUUCGAUGGACCUUCUGGACCUGCGCCACCUGGUGUACCAAGUGAGAUACUGAGGGGUAACCUCAGCGGUUUUCCUUAG